UUUUCCCCCCUCUGUGCUUUGCUCAGUCGAAUCCGGAAUAGCGGUUGUUACGGCCGUUACUCGAAUGUGGAGAACUCCUCUGGGGUGAUUUACACAUCACAAAUGCUAUUCCUGUUCGCUUCUAAACCCUGCCCACUACAGAAUCAACAGCCGGCAGAAGUGACGGGCUGACUCUCCCCAUAGAGAAAUUGCGCUUUGAACAGGCUUCGGACAAAAACUACGAUACAUCAUUGACAGGUAAAUAGCGAUGGCAGAGGCUAAUAUUUCUGUCACAGAAAGUCAGUUCCGAUGCCCUGUUUGUCUGGAUAUCUUGAAAGAUCCGGUGGCCAUCCCCUGUGGCCACACGUACUGUAUGAUAUGCAUCAAUGGCUACUGGGAUCAGACGGACUCCGGGCAGUAUAGCUGCCCCCAAUGUCGGGAUACGUUUAGCCCAAGACCGGUUCUAAGAAGAAACACGGUGCUUGCAGAAGUGGUAGAGAAACUAAAGCUCACCGAGCUUGUAAACUCGUCUGCCCCAGACCGUUAUUUGGGAGGUCUGGGAGAUGUCCCAUGUGACUUUUGCCCCGUGGACAACAAACUAAAAGCGGUCAAGUCAUGCUUAGCAUGUCUGGCUUCGUACUGCGAGAAACACGUUGCGCCUCACCGGGAAGUUGGCACUCUGAGGCGGCAUAAACUGGUGAAUGCGAUCGAGGAUCUGUCAGAUAGACUCUGCUCACAGCACCGAUUGGGCCUGGAGGGCGGCGGCUGCUACAGCCAGGUGGAGUGGAGCGGGGACUGUCCGCUCUGCGAGUCGGACCAGGAAGAUCUGCGCAAUGUUGACAUCCAGAGAGCGAGGAAACAGGCUCAGCUGCAGGAAUGUCAGAGAGCAGUUCAGGGCCGGAUCAGGGCUGGAGAGAGGGAACUGGAGGACUUCCAACAGGCCCUCAACUCUCUUAAGUGCUCUGCCUCGGCUGUAGUGGGGGACAGUGAGGCUCUGUUCUCAGACCUGGCCCAGCGCUUGGAGCAGACACGGGUGGAGGUGCGGGCCAGACUGGAGGCCCAGGAGAAGGCGGUGCUGAGCCGGGUGGAGCGGGAGGUAGAGGAGCUGGACAGGGAGGUGGCCGAGCUACGGAAGAGGGAGGAGGGGAUCGACCAGCUGCUCCUCACAGAGGACAACGGCCAAUUCCUGCGGGCGGCUUCCUUGCUGUGCGUGCAGCCGGCCUGCGGGAGGCGCCCCAGAGCUGCGGAGGUCUCCACUGACUGCUUUGGCGCAGCCAGGAGGGCCCUCUCCCACCUGAGAGCCAGGAUGGAGGAGCUGUGGAGGGAGGAGGUGGACAAGAUCACCAAGGCAGUGAACCCAAACGUCUAUCAGUUGCCCGCCACUGAAGGCUGCAAAGGGGCGGAGAAGAUGGCGACCGCCGUCCCGUUCCCCCUCUCCUCCCUCAGCCUGCAGCAGUCGGACAAGCGGACCAGAGAGACCUUCCUCCGGUAUACCUGUCGCCUCUCUCUGGACACAGACACGGCGCACCCCACGCUGGUGCUGUUUGGGGACCCCCCGGGCGUGCGGUGCGGGGAGGAGCCCCAGCCCUACGCCCCGCACCCCCAGCGCUUCGACAGCGUGGCUCAGGUCCUGUGCAGGGAAGGGCAGUUCGGGGGGUGCAGCUACUGGGAGGUGGAGUGGAGGGGGGGCGGCUGGGUGGACAUCGGAGUGACCUACCGGGGCAUCGGGCGGAAGGGGGGCGGCAAGCCCUGCCUGCUGGGCCGGAACGAGAACUCCUGGAGGCUGCGCUGCACGCACUCCGGCUACGCCGCCUGGCACGACAACCGCAAGACCACGGUGGCCGCCGCGCCCUGCCCCAGGAUCGGGGUGCUCCUGGAGCGCCAGCAGGGGGCGCUCUCCUUCUACAGCCUCUCCAGCGCCGUCGCCCUCCUGCACACCUUCCACUGCCCCUUCUCUCAGCCUCUCUACCCAGCUUUCAGGCUGGACCUGGACUCCACGGUCCUCAUCUGCCCCCCUGUCUCUCCCUCCGCCAGCUCUGACCUCUGAUCCCAAAAGCUGCCCCUCCCCCUACCCUGCCCCCAGGGCCUUAUCAGUCACCUGCAGCCUUUCACUAGCUCUCUUCUGCUAGCUCUCUGAGAUGAUAAUGGUGGCAUCGAUAGGUCUCUGGAUGGAAAGAAACUGCUUGCUAGCAUUAUCAUGUUAUCCUUGUACUGCAGUUAUCCUACACACACACAGACAGAUCCACACACACACACACACACACACACACACACACACUCUCUCUCUCUCUCUGUGGUCCCACUCUUUUCAGAUAGACACACAUUACUGACCGUACCCUUCAGCAGUCAGGCAUUUCUCUGUGGUGCCAUUGCCUUUACUCCUGGCCGGGAGGAACUACGAAAGUGUUCGCAUGUUCCCGCAUUCUUGCCUAAUCUUCCAGCUUGAGUACUGGCUUUGUGAAUACCGUGUCUGCCGAGCGUAGCUGGCAGCAGGGAGGGCGGGGGGGCGUUCAAGUACGCAUGGUACGCAUACCCGGUCGAUAACUCCUUCCGCCUCAAAGUUUGUUGGUUCAGAAUUUCCCCCGCUGAAUUUCUGGCUAUGCCACAGAAUAUAUGCCAUUCAUUUUGUGAAUGCUAGGAAAGUCAUCUCACUCCCAAAGUACUUUUUUCUUUACUACUGAAUGUAACUGUCCAUGUUGCUGAAAAGCGGUGCUACAGUGACAUUGCAUUAGCUUCACAGGCAGGAAGUUUGUCAUUUCCCACGGUGUCAUAUGCGACGCCUUAUAAAGUGCUUUUAAAAAAAUGUACAAAUAAAAACCUCCAGGGCAUGUUCAUCAUUUACUUCUAUACUGACCCUUGCCGCAGCCCUUCUCUGUGUUUGUAGCUAGUUUACUCAGAGAAUCACAAGGACUGACUGAAUCUUCUUGUUUUGUAGCUUGAUCUUAACUCUAGAGGGCAGAUUUUAAAGGGUGUUUCUUAUUUCUGAUAAUAUUAUGCAUGGAAACAGUGGCACUUUUUGUAACAUUGUCCUCUUACUAACACUGAUGUGGAACACUUUUUUAUUUAUUCACAACUAACAACAGCCAAAAAGCAGCAGACCUGCAUAUCAUCCUAAAAAUAGAUCUCUGCUUAAUGGUUUUUUUUCCCCCCGUGUCAUAUUUUUUUCCAACUGUGACAAAUGAGUUGGGAAUAAUAUUUGCCAGUGAAGGAAACGGUAAUGAAAUACUGUGUGUGGUUCCUGGCCUCUCAGUUCAGGAGCCCUAUCUACCUCUCCUCUCUCUCGCUUAUGCCUUAUUGCCCUUUGCCGCUAGUCUUGUGGUUGUGGAAGUGUUUGUUUGUCUGUGUGUUUUACCGUUGGUAUUUGUAUAUGCAAUAAAAAAGGCAUUUCAACUUA